UGCACGCAAACUCGCGCCAAAUAAAAGACGAUCUCCCGCGAAGAUAGUGACAGUUGCGAUCCAGACUCCUUGGAGAGCAGGCGCUCUCCUCACUUUUCGGGUAGCAGACAUUUGUGGAGUGCAAUCAAAAUGAUAUGUAAAAUACUAGCCUGCAUUUUAUUUCAAAUUUUCUUGGUGCAUUGUUCAACUGACGUAUUAGUCACAAGAACAUGUGAGCCUAUUACCAUCGAGCAAUGCAAAAAUAUAGGAUAUAACGUUACCGGAAUGCCCAACUUUGUGGGACAUGACAUGCAGAGAGAUGCCGAAUUCCAGAUAAAGACUUUUUCACCGCUCCUGAAGUAUGGCUGUUCAUCUCGCCUGGGUUUUUUUCUGUGCUCUGUUUAUGCGCCAAUGUGCACUGAAAAGGUCCCCCAGCCUAUAGGACCCUGCAGGCCCCUAUGCGAAGCUGUCCAAGGACUAUGCGAACCCGUGCUUCAAGAGUUUGGAUUCCCAUGGCCAUCAGCGUUGAACUGUAGCCAGUUUCCGCCAGAGAAUAAUCUGAAGCAUAUGUGUAUGGACGGACCAGAGCAUGAAGAGAAGAAAACUAAUCCAUUCCGUGAAAGAAGUCGCCCCCGAACUAUCACCCAUAGAGUAAGAGUAUUGGGUCCAGGAGUUGGUUUCGUCACCCACAAUGGCCAUUUCGAUGUUCCCAACAGUCGAGAGAUUAGCCGGCAGCAAUGCAAGCAUCUGCGUCAACACGAACAUUACAUCUAUGUAAACAAGACCGGACGAUGUGCCCCUGCCUGUGACGCCGAUAUUUUAUAUUCGAAGGAAAACAAGGAUUUUGCUGCAGUUUGGUUGGCCUUCUGGUCCUUCUUUUGCUUCCUGUCAUGCCUAUUUACAAUUAUAGGCUUCUUCACUAACAGUGCGCAGUUCAGAUAUCCCGAAAAGGCCAUCGCUAUGUUAGGCUGGUGCAGCUUCCUCUUCAGUGUUUCUUUUUCCAUCCCCUUAAUAGGAGGACGGAAUGAUACCUCCUGUUAUUCCGACAGUCACUACAAAGAGCCUCUCCUCGUUCAACGCGGACUCGAUAACAUCAACUGUAAUAUAGGUUUCACUCUUCUCUACUUCUUCCACAUGGCGAGCAACUUGUGGUGGGUCAUCCUGUCACUGACCUGGUUUCUGACAGCUGGAUUGAGAUGGACCAUCGAGAAAGUGGAGAGCUACGGAACAUACUAUCAUCUCAUCGCUUGGAGCUUACCUGCACUCAAAACCAUCGCAAUUUUAGUGUUACGUGGUGUCGAUGCCGACGAACUCACUGGAAUGUGCUAUGUUGGAAACCAAGAUCCUGAGCUCUUGCUGCAGUUUGUGCUCGUUCCCUCAAUCGUCUACUGGAUCCUGGGUAUCAUUUUCCUCUUCGCGGGCCUGAUUACCGUUUACAAGAAUAAUGUGUUGAGAUCCAAGCUGUCUCUGACCGACGAGAGACAUGAACUGCUAAUGGUGCGUACCGGAAUCUUUACUGUCUUGUACGCUGUGCCUGCCACUUGUAUCAUUGCUGCAACUGUUUAUGAAUACAGUUGCCGAGAGCAAUGGUUAGCUAAUGAUUCAGAAUUGCGACCGAAUGUGGAAAUUUUUAUCCUGAAGAUUUUCAUGUCUCUUAUCGUUGGCUUUACUACCAGUGUGUGGCUGUGGUCUUCUCGCGCUCCGCAUUUAAUACGGAGCAAUCUCUCUACAUUUUGUGUGCGACGCAAAGAUUUACCAACAUGUGGCUCGGAAAAUCGCAUUAUGCUUCUCAACGAGCAUCAAAACCAAAAAAUGACAAUUGUAUGAGAAAAAGAAUUAACGGUUUCACUAAUAACUUUGAGUGAUUUCUCAAUGAUUCAUCCUUAAUUUAUUUGCUUUAGUUUUUUGUGAUUCUCAUUUCCUUGGCUAUUUGAACUAUUGACAUUGCUACUAUAUGUUUCACUAUUGACAUUUCUACUAUACAUUUGAACUAUUUACAUACCCUAUCACUUGAAUCUUUGUUGUGGUCUGCAAAGCUGUAUUAUAGAGCUUAUUGUAUAUAAAUUUGUA